AUGGGCUGGCUCUGGAGAUCAUCACCCUCGAAGGAGGAGCCUCAACAGAUUUCCUCUGUGCCUUCUUUCUCCGACAAUGCGGCGCCGCAGCCAUCACCCGCAGCAGAGGCACCAGGCACCAUGCCGUCAUCAUCGCAGUCUCGGCCCUUGAGUCGCAAGGAACAAGCGGAUGCAGAGUUCAACCAGUUACUAGAGAGCUUGAAGGCCGACGUAUCACGAACCAAAUCACCACAGCAGUCGUCGAAUGUCUCAGAAACUCCCCUGUCCCCAUCAUCACCAUCACCUUCCGGCCCUCCGCAACCUCCAUCUUCGAUCGCCCCCGAGUCUCUCUACCCGGACUCCAUGUCCUGCCGCUCUGCUUUUGAUUACGCGUUUUUCUGUCAGUCGUUUGGAGGCCAGUUUGUGAACGUAUACCGCUACGGCGAGCUGCGGUCGUGCAGCGAACACUGGGAUAAUUUCUGGCUCUGCAUGAAGGCCCGUGGAAUGGCGGACGAGGAGCGCAAGAAAGUCAUUCGGGACCACUACCGGAAAAAGGCCAUCAAGUACAAGACGGGCCCGAGCAGUGAAGAUGUCUGGGACCUUCGAAGGGAGCCAGUGCAGCAUGCUUUCCAGGGUGACUUUGAAGCACUGGAGAGGGAGAUGAAGGCCGAGGAGGAAGCAAGUCGCAACGCUGGUGGGAUAUAG